UUAAUUCCCGAUCUGUUUUGGCCUCCCCACCGACGCGUAUGCCGUUCCCAGCGGCGCAGACCGACACAUGGUUGUCCCUGGUCAGCCUAUUCCUCGGCGGGUUAGUGGUCGCCCUCUUCGCGUGGGUUUCUUCCUCUUACCGGAUGCCAUGGCGGAAGUUAGGAUGUGGUCGUUGGCUUGGCGGUAGAGCGUCGGGUUGGGUUGGUGGUUGCUUGCGGCCGUCGGCUUCAGGCCUGAGCCUCGGUCUUCCUGUUGUCCCUAGUGUUUGGACACUGGAUCCUCCGGGCGGUGGCGGUUCUUGUGGCUGUGGCGAUGGGGGUAUGGGAGAGCAUCGGUUCAGGCCUUCUGGGGCUGACCUAGGUAGUAAACUGUGGGGGAGCUCGGGUUUGCCAACUCGAGUCGAGGUAUCCGCUUUUGGUGUUUCUCGAUUCGGUUUGAACAGUUGGUGGUGUAUCUUUCCGAUAUGUUUUAUGCAUCGGUGCUUGUUUGUGUUGUGUCGGUUUGGUGCUCGUCUUCGGCCGGUGAGGAGGGCUUUUGUUUUAGUUUUAGCC